GCUGAGCCCUUCCUAAAGAUCCUGUCGGGCUGCCUUAGACACUUGGGGCCAGGGAUUCCUGCCAACCAGGGCUACUUUGGGUGGGCUGGGGGCGGCCCCAGGGCAGGUGUCAGUGUGUGCAAGGGCCCUUUGUGACACGCUGCAGCAUGGUCACUGUGGCAUGGAAUGGAGGAGUGUGUCCUUUGUGACACGUGGUGACAUAGGAGCUGGCAGUGACAAGAACACUCCACAGCGCUCAGAGCAGGCGACGGGACAGGACGGGGCAGAGCGGUGCUGUGAGGAGCCCCCGCACAGCGCACUCGUUCCUGCCUGACCCGGAGCUUUUCUGAGGUGUUGUUCCUGAAGCUGACCUCGAAGCCAGACUGUGGGACUUGCUGACCUGAGUCAUUUACCAGGAAUCUCCUGUCAUUGUGGCAGGAGCUCCCAAGACUAGAGUGCAGGACUUGCUGUCCUGCAGCUAUCCUGAGACCUCUCUGUCUCAGAAAUCUUCAAGGCACAACUGAAAUUGCUGACUUGGCAAUAUCCUGAGGCAUCUCUCUAGAAGGUGCCUUCAAGGCUGGAAGGUGGAAUGGCAGGCAGAUUUUUCAGCCUGUUCAAAUGCUUCCGGGGGAAAAAUAAGAAAGGCCCUGGAGCUGCUGCAGGAGAGCAACUUGAAGAGCCAGAGCAGAUCCAGACACUGCAGGAGGAUGCAGCCGUGGAGCGCACACAAGAGCAGCAAUCCAGCCAUGGCCGCUUCCGCAGAACAGCGCAGACGUUCCGAAAAUUCCCGCGCAUUCGGCGUAGAGAGACCAACACCACAGCAGCUGAGGGCCCAGCUGAGCCUGACUCGGGGCUGACCCAGCUCCAGGCAGAGCCUGAUGUCAGCCCAGACUUGGCUGGGCUCUCACAAGACUUGGACACCUCAGGGACUGAAACGUGGGCACAGGAUCUUCCCACAUCAGGGACUGAGGAUGCAGUCAUAACAAACACUGACAAUGAAGAGACUGAGGCCUUGAAAAAUACUGGAGCCAUGCCCACUCCCCCUGAGAUUUGUGCUUCCACUGUGGAUUUUUUCCUGGAGAGUGCUGUUCCUUAUCAGCAGCAGGUGCCAGCCAUGGUGAAGAACAUCCACCAGAGUCUCAUGUCCCACGUCACUGUGGAUGCCAGGCUGCACAGCGACAUUGUGAGGCUGGCUGAGGAACACCCUGCAGACGUGGCGCUGACCCUCCUGCACUGUGCCCCAACGUGUGACAGAGCUGCUGCAAUGAUGUGGAGAGCCAUAGGCACAUCAGGACCAGCAAUGGAGAAGGUGCUGGCAACACUGCUCUGUGUGAUGGAGCAUUGGCCUGUGCACAGCACAUGCACCUCCGAUGGGGACAACAAGGACGUUUUUGCCCUGGCUGCAACUCUGGUGAUCUGGGUCAUUGUGCCUAAAUGCCAGGAGGCCAUGAUCCUUCAUUCCUCCCGCCUGUUUGUGGCUCUGCUCUUCCAUGUUGUCAUCACCACCCAGCAGAUGCCACCAGAGGAAGUUGAAAACUUCUGGAGAGCGUGCCAGGAGGAACACCACCUUCCCAGCAAGCCCAACAGGUUUGCAGUGCAGGCCAUGAAGGCUCUGCUCUGCCGACUGGAGUGUGACCAGGAGGUGAUGGAUAUGGAGCGUAAGUGUGGCUGGGACACGCUGCUGUGUGCUCACACCCAGCACUAUGCUGUGGGUCUGCUGGCCAGAGAGAUGCGCCGUGGCUCCCUCUCCUUGUGUUCUGGGAUUGCUCUUCGCCUGCUUGGGCUGCUCAGCAGGGAGGAGCCACGCUGGGAUCUGCCCGGCCUAGCGUUCCUUGUGGAGGUCCUCGAGUGCCUGGACUUGAGGGAAUGUGCUGACAGCAUCCUGGAGAUCAUGUCAAGGCACCUGAGGAAUGAGUGCAGGGAGAGGCGUCGCCUGGCACUCAGAGGCCUCGUGGUGCUCAGCAAGGAUCCCUCGAUGGCCAGGAGAAUGGGCACUCUGUCUCCAAGCCUUCUGGAGCUGCUGGGUGAUGCAGACGGAGAGCUGGUCGGCAUGACGCUCUCUGUGUUCACUAAUUUGCUCAAGAGCAGAGACAUGCUGGUAUCCAGCACCACUGCCCCGAAGCUGGCUGAGGCUCUCCUGCUGCUCUUCGACCACGUGGGCCUGGAGUAG